GAGAGAAAAAAAGAGAGAGAGAGAGAUAAAAUUUUGCUGUUGGCAAAGAAUUCAAAUUUUCGAUUCCGAAACCACGCCCGCUAAAACCCUCUCGCCACACAAGAUUUCAAGGUUCAAUCUUUCUCUGCUCUUUCAGAUGGAAGCACUUUACAAGAAGCUGUAUAACAAGUACACCAAGCUCAAGAAAGAGAAAGAGACUCAGCUUGAUGAAUUGAAUCGGGAUCAAGAAGCCAAAUUCUUGAAUUUUGUAACCGCUGCGGAUGCUAUGAUACAAUACUUAAAAAGUGAGAAUGAGAGACUAAAUGGUCAAGUUGAUGAUUUGAAAAGCGAAUUAGCUGCUAUCAGAACUUCAAAUGAUGAACAGCAUAGUCAGCUCCAAAAGCGUUUGAUGGAAGAGAACCAGAAAAAUAAAGAGCUCUCAGAAGAAAUUGCAAGGCUGCAAAAUCUUGGGAAUCAUACAUUAUCACUCCAUGUUACUGGUGAGGAAAUUGAUCGACAGCAGGAACAUUCACAUGAAGAUGCUCCAGUCGGAGAAAUGUCAAAAAAACGGAAAUAUAUUCAUACUACUGAAGGGAAUGCUACUCCUAAGCGUGCUUGUGUGGACCUAGAUGCUGGUGCUCCAAGUAUCCAGCAGCCAGUCUGCUGUCAAAAAAGGAUUUCUAGCUCAGGUGGUGAUACAUCAGGCGGUUGUUCUGUCAACUGUGUGUUUCAACUUCUUGUUGAGUUUGUAGUCGGGAUGAAAGUAUCUGUCCGUGCACAAAACAAUGAACUCUGUGUAUUGGUGCAUCAUCAAUCAAGUGGUUACUCGUUCAGCCUGACAUGGGUAACUAACACGCAAGGGGAAGUAGAAUUGCUAUAUCGGGUGGUGUCAAUGGGGACAUUUGAAAGAGUCGCACCAGAGUGGAUGAAGGAGCCGCUGAUGUUCAGCUCGAGCAUGUGUAGCAUCUUCUUUGAGCGGGUCUCUCGUGUCAUCAAGAAUUGAGUUGAGUUGAGUUGAGUUGAUGCCCUCCAGUGCUCAAUUUCCCGGUGUUGUCGACUGACUGUUAUCUGUAUGUACGAAUGAUACGAUAAAAAACUUAUGUGGAAUCAUCUGUUUCUUAGAUUACUACAUGUCCAUUGAACUACUUAAACUGCCUGCAAUGGAGUGUGACAAAUUCUCUUUGGUCGAUUUAAUGUUCCAUUUCCUGCAAUACAAACACACUUUUCUUGAUUAUAUUCAACUAGCAUCUGUGUGCAUAAUAUAACUUGUUUACUUUACACAACCCCUACAGAAGAACAAAACAAAAACAUGGUAUUGGCUGUAAAGGCACAAUUACAUUGAUCUGUUUCAACACUUUAGGAUCCUAAAAAUUGAUCGAUCCUGUUGUUAGUUCCUCUGGAGAUGAACUUCAUGCAGAUGGGUGGCUUCACCCCUGCCAGGGCCAGUACAGAACUCGGCAGCGUCCAUAUCCCAUCUCCACAUAUCAAACCCGAGGCUACGGCUGGUCCAAAGGCGUCGGCCUUGGCCCUGUUUAUCUUCUGCCAUAUGAACAGAAUGAGACUUCCAAAA